UCCCUUGGGGCUGGGCUGCUUUGGGGGAGGAGUGCUGCGUGGCUGGAGGUCCCCUUUAUCAGCUGGAAUGAUGAAGUCCUCUUUACAUUCAGAAGAAGAUGACUUCGUGCCAGAGCUUCAGAGAAGCAUCCAUCCCCGAGAGAGGCCGGACUGGGAGGAGACCCUCAGCGCCAUGGCACGUGGUGCAGAUAUCCCUGACAUCACAGGGGAGUUACCGCUCCGGACCUGCGGCAGCACAGCAAGUAUGAAAGUGAAGAACGUGAAAAAAUACAUCAACCCGGGACUGAUGGGCUGUGAUGCCUUUCACAGGUUAUCCUUUACCAAGGGUCAUUUCCCGAAGAUGGCUGAAUGUGCACAUUUCCAUUAUGAAAACGUGGACUUUGGCAACAUCCAGCUUUCGCUCCCAGAAGAACAGAGCGAAGUGAUGAGGAACGGCUGUGAAUCCAAGGAACUUGUCUACCUUGUCCAGAUCUCUUGCCAGGGGAAGAGUUGGAUCGUGAAGCGCAGCUACGAGGAUUUCCGAGUGCUCGACAAGCACCUCCAUCUCUGCAUUUAUGAUCGGCGUUUCUCCCAGCUCGCUGAGCUGCCCCGCUCCGACGUGCUGAGGGACAGCCCAGAGCUUGUCACCCACACGCUGAUGGCUUACCUGUCCCGUCUCUCGGCCAUCGCAUGCAAUAAGAUCAACUGUGGGCCUGCCCUGACAUGGAUGGAGAUUGAUAACAAGGGGAACCACCUGCUAGUCCAUGAGGAGUCAUCUAUUAACAUUCCAGCUAUUGCUGCUGCCCAUGUUAUUAAGAGAUACAUUGCCCAGGCACCGGAUGAGCUCUCCUUUGAGGUGGGAGACAUUGUGUCUGUUAUCGAUAUGCCACCAAAGGAGUUGACCACCUGGUGGAGGGGCAAGCACGGAUUUCAGGUUGGAUUUUUCCCUAGUGAGUGUGUUGAACUAAUUAACGACAAAGUUCCUCAGUCUGUCACCAAUUCGGUGCCAAAGCCAGUGUCAAAGAAACACGGCAAGCUCAUCACCUUCCUUCGUUCCUUCAUGAAGUCCCGCCCAACCAAACAGAAACUGAAACAGAGGGGGAUCCUGAAGGAAAGGGUGUUCGGCUGUGACCUGGGAGAGCAUCUGCUCAACUCUGGCCAGGAUGUCCCCCAGGUCCUCAAGAGCUGCACUGAAUUCAUUGAGAAGCAUGGCAUUGUGGAUGGGAUUUACCGCCUGUCCGGCGUCGCGUCCAACAUCCAGAAACUGCGCCAUGAGUUUGACUCUGAGCAGAUUCCUGACCUAACCAAGGACAAUUAUAUCCAUGACAUUCACAGCGUGAGCUCCCUCUGCAAAAUGUACUUCAGGGAGCUCCCAAACCCUCUGCUGACCUACCAACUCUACGAGAAGUUCUCAGAUGCUGUUUCUGCUGCUACAGAUGAGGAGCGGUUGGUUAGAAUCCACGAUGUCAUCCAGCAGCUGCCCCCACCUCACUACAGGACACUGGAAUACCUAAUGAGACACUUAGCUCGUUUAGCUGAUUACUGCACCAUCACAAAUAUGCACGCAAAGAACUUAGCGAUUGUUUGGGCUCCAAACCUUUUAAGAUCAAAGCAGAUUGAGUCUGCCUGCUUCAGUGGAACUGCUGCCUUCAUGGAGGUGCGGAUCCAGUCAGUCGUUGUGGAAUUCAUCUUGAACCACACAGACGUCCUCUUCAGCUCCAAAUUCAGCUCAGUCAUACGAGAUGGAGCAGGACACAGUUCUUUAUCACGGCCCAAGUCUCUGUUGGUGUCUUCUCCCUCCACAAAGCUGCUCACGCUGGAGGAGGCACAGGCACGGACACAAGGCCAGAUCAACUCCCCCAUGGUGACAGACAAUAGAUACAUUGAAGUGGGAGAAGGACCUGCAGCUUUACAAGGGAAAUUCCACACGGUCAUUGACUUUCCAUCAGAAAGGAAAAGACCCCCCAAUAAGAUGAAGAAAUCACCCGUCGGCAGCUGGCGUUCCUUCUUCAACCUGGGAAAGUCAUCCUCUGUGUCCAAGCGCAAACUGCAGCGCAACCCCAGCGAGCCCUCAGAGAUGAAGGUCAUAGCCCUGGCAGGGGGACGAGGAGACAGCGGGACUCUUCGCUCAGCUAAAAGCGAAGAAUCGCUUACCUCUCUGCAUGCUGUUGAUGGUGAAUCUAGCCGGUUUCGACCCAGAAGACCCAGAUCCAGUAGUGAUGCACUGUCUGCUUCCUUCAAUGGAGAGCUCUUAGGAAGCAUGAAUCGCUGCAAUUCUUAUGACAACCUUCCACAUGACAACAGUGAUGGGGAUAAGGAGCUCAUCCACGUUCCUGCCCUCAUUUCUCCCCGCUCUGCUGAAGAUGUUGACCUGAGCCCACCCGAUAUUGGAGUUGCUAGCCUGGAUUUUGACCCAAUGUCUUUUCAGUGCAGCCCACCCCAAACAGAGUCUGAUUGCCCAGACAGCAGCACCUCCAUGCUGGAGUCCAUCGGCAUCAGUAAGGAGAAGCCGAGCCUCUUGAAGAAGGACUUGGAAUCAGGCAGCCAGUCCCAGACACCGGGCAGCGCCACGAGCUCUGAGCCAGUCUCUCCAUUCCAAGAGAAGAUGAGUCCCUUCUUUACUCUGGACCUGAGCCCAACUGAGGAGAAGACCUUCCAACCCGGCGACACCUCACCCCAGAUGGGGAAAAAGCCCAUCAAAUCUCCACCACUGACCACAUCAGAACCUGUCUCCUUUGCACUGCCCAGCUGCACAUCAGAAUCAAUUGGAGGGAUUCUCGUCACAACCAGAAACUCUUCCACUUCCAACUGGAGCGAAGAGAUUGGUAUCACUGAAAUCACAAACAGGUUCCCAACCCAGAUGUCUUUACCUCUGAAAGAAACUGAAAGAGCAGCAGAGGAGGAAGCCCAUCAAGAGCUGAAGCAUGCCCAGAUAGUGGCUGCUGGCAAACCAGAGUUGCCAGAAGAAGGAGAGAGACCAAUGUCAAGCAGUCAGAAUAAGACUGUACCCAGUGGACACGCACAGCCAGGAGCAGUUGCCCUCGACUCCCCCCAGGAUCCUGUUCCUGUCAGUUCUGUGUCUCUUAUCCCUCCUCCUCCUCCGAAAAACGCAGCGCGCAUGCUAGCCCUAGCGUUAGCUGAGUCUGCACAGCAAGCAUCUGCUCAGUCUCAGAAAAAGCCAGGAGAUGCCCACUCUGAAAGCACCAGUUAUGGAGAAACUGAAGCUGCCACAGCUCUGGAAAAGCUCCAUCUCUCUGCUGGAGCUCCAGACAAGCUUCACCUGUAUACUGAUCUGCCUGAGAACCAGCUUCACUUCCAGACUAGUGCACCAGUUGAGCAGGAUUUUCAAGCUAGCAGCACAGCUCGGGAGCAGAACCACCCUCCAGGUGCACCUGGAAGUCAGGACCCCCAGUCUCUUCACACCAGUGUGCCUGGGGAUGUGCCUGCUAGAAGAGAUGCUGAGCAAGAGCAGCCCAGCUACCUUGCUGGUCAAAUGGAGAACAAAGAGCAGUUCCCAGCCCGUGCUGAGGACUGGGAGCAGACACGGCAGCAUGCUCCAGGGGCACUGCCCGACUGGGAGCCACCUACAACCGACUUAGCUAUGGAUAAGCCCCACGUUCAUGCAUGCACGUCUGGGGACAAGCAGCUCACGUCCACCUGUUCAGCUGAUGACAAACUUGAGACUCCUGUAACUGCUGGGGAGAAAAGCACCCCAGUCCCAGUGCCGUACCUGACAACCAUCCAGACAGCAGCAGCUGAGCCUAACCGUGCACCAACAUGUCAGCAUGCAGCUGGUCCAGCCCUAAUUCAGGCAGAUGUCGCUGGCACCGCUGCACAGCGCACGCCCACAGGCAGCCAGCCCACCCCACCGCAGAGGCAGGAUCACCAGUCUGCAGUGGGGCAAGUGCCAGCGGCCUCUGCAAAAGCAUCCAGCAAUUCCAGUCAGGUUUGGGGUGCAGCUACAUCUGAAAAACCACCCGAGCCUGCUUCUGGUUUUGCCACAGAAAGCACUUCCAGCAGCCACCGCUCCUCCUCUGUGCCCAGCAGCCACCAGAGCCGUUUGGAGAAGCCACGGGAGGGUACGAGGGCUCCCCUGCUGCACCUGCGCUCCGAGUCGGUCCCUACUCACUCCUCCUAUGGCUUCACUCCGCCUGUCCCACCCGUGAGAACACUGGAGAGCAAAAUAGCUGCCGCCAUGCACUCCAACAACACUGACGCGAUCAACAACUCCAACUAUCACGCCUUUCUGGCUUCCUCCAUGCUGGCCUCCUCCGUAGAGGAAGUCCUGCUGCCUCCUCCAGCACCGCCACCACCACCGCUGCCACCACCACCCCUCGCUCCGCCGCCGCCCCCCAAGCACGCCUCCCUGCAGUCCAUGUAUGUGCCGCACCCCAAACCCGAGAGCGUCCUGGAACCCUCCGGGCCAGACGUCUACCUGCACCACAAGCCGACCUCCAUCCACCAGUACCGACCUGAGAGCGUUCCUCCUCACAUGAGCUAUCACAGCAAGCCAGACCAGCACCCAGCCUACCCUCCUCGAUCGGAGACGCCCACUUCUGCGGGCACUCGCUUCAACACCUACACAAACCAAGGGAGGAGCGCCUCUGCUGUCUAUUCCAAACCUCGCAGCCGGAUGGAGUUUGCGUCCUCCGUGAGCCCCACAGGUCUGCGGAAUGCUGCCUACGCCGAGGACCCUCCACCCUACCCCACCAUCCGCAGGGUUCAGUCGCUGCAUGUUCCCACUCCGGCCGCCUCUGCCAUCCGCUCCGUCCCCAUUUCGCGCACCGAGGUGCCUCCAGACGAUGAGCCACUGUUCUGCCCGCGGCCCCUCUACCAGUACAAGCCAUAUCAGCCUCACUCUGACUACCACGUCACUCAGCUGCAGCCUUACUUUGAGAACGGGAGGGUGCAUUACCGCUACAGUCCUUAUUCCAGCUCCUCGGGAUCUUCCUAUUACACUUCCGCCGAUGGGAACUUCUAUGACCUGGACCCCUACAGCACCAUGCGAGUCAGGCCUUUCCACCCGCUGCACAGCCGCGACUUCGCAUCCUACGAGGCACGGCUUCACAGCAAGGGCCUGCACCGCUACCCCGGCCUGUCUGCCUACCCGCGGGGCGGCCUCAUCGGCCACCUGGCAGGCAAGGAGCACAGCUUCAUCAGCAGGGACGUGCCUCCUGCCCCAGACAUCAAGCACAUGUACAUGUCGUGGGACCUGGAGGACAUGGAGAAGUACCGCAUGCAGUCUAUUCGCCGUGAGAGCCGCACGCGGCAGAAAGUGAAAGGGCCGCUGAUGUCCCAGUAUGACAACGUGACCCCACUGCUGCCAGAGGACCCGGGAGGGCCGGAUAUCAUUCACUUGCGCAGCAAAUCAGACCCUGGGAAGAGUGGGCUACUCACUGUGGCAGAAGGGAAGGAGGGGAAGUACCCGGCCAAGGCAGCUACACCUGACGGGGAUGAACGUUACUACAUGCAGCACCCUGAGCCAGAGCUGGACAGAGCCCACUACCACGGCGCCUACGGGAAUGGGCAGCCGGAGAAGCCGUCCCUUCCCCAGAAGCAGAGCAGCAUCCGCAGCAGGAAGCUGCAUGAGCCGACCUGCAGCGCCAGCGACCACCGGCCACACCUGCAGCAGGAGCCGAGCCACAGGCAGCCUUCCGAACCCAAAAACGGACCCCCUUAUCCUGAUUACAGGCCCAAAGGCCCCGAGCCCGCCGAGCCCAUGGGCUAUCAGCACUUGGGCAGGAAGUACAUCCUGGCAAACCAGGAUACCCUGAGACUAAACCACAAGGAAGUGAGGCUGGCGGAGGACAGGCCAGAUGUGGAAAGGUCCCGAGCCAGGCCCGGCACGUCCAUUGAGAAACACUCCAGAGAUGGCUACAAGGAAGAGGAGCACGCAGCCUCACCCAUGGCACCGCCGCCUUCACCUGAACGGAGCCACAGCCUCAGGGUGCAGCACCGCGAGUCCGUGGAGAAGGACUCUGCCCUCUUCUACCCGUACCAAACCCUUGGGAAACGCCAAAGCACUAUGACUGUGAUGUCCCAGUAUGAUAACGUGGAAGAUUACCAUACCAUGCCUCAGCACCAAAGAGGGGGCUAUGCUGGAGAAGGGGGGUGUGUGCCCCCCGCUUUUACCCAUGUGCACAGUAGAAUUUACGCCACGGCCCUCGGCCAGGGGGCCUUCCUUCCCACAGAGCUGUGUUUGCAAAGGCCUGAAACAGAGGUCCAUGUUGAGUGAGCACACGGAGGUAAAAGAAAUAAUGGAAAUAAUUGAAAUAAUAGAGUUUUAAACAGCCUCUGCUGGACAGUGGACUGUUUUAUUUUUUCAGCGACGGAAAAAAAAAAUAAAUGAAUUCCUGCCUCAAUGAGCAAAGCAAACCCACCUUCAGCCCCAUCCCUCCCAGCCCACCACUCACUGUUUUUAUGUAGUAGAGAUAUAGCUUUUUCAUGUCAUUUGAGACAACUGGAACGACAGGGCAGGCUGUUGGCGCACAAAUAUUGCCAGAGAGGACAGGCAGAACUGAAAGAUGCUGCUGGGGUAGGGGAAAGGAAGUUUUUUCUUCCCUGGAUUUAACAUUGACCAUUACCACCACUUCCUCACCAUGCCUCCAUUAUCCCAUGCAUGACAGACUGUGCAUGCUGCUGUUUUUGUGAGCCCCAUGUGUUGCCUUUCCCACUGUUAGCUCCCAAGAAAGGGUCUCCAUGACUUGCAGGAACUGCUUCCCCCCCUCUCAGGUUAUGCAGGUAGAGCGGGUGGAAAGGUGCUGGAGCAGGGGGAGAGCUCCUGAGCCCUUUCUUCUUGUUCAAGGCCAAGGUCAAACCUCUUCUUCAAAGAUUAUUGCUUAGGCAUAGUGGGUCCACUUUAACUGCUUUGAAGUGAGUGUGAGCCUAUUUUGACUUCAGCCUGUUGAAUAGGCUCUGAAGCAAAUCCAAAAUACAGCACACUUUCUAAAUUGCUUGCUUAACAAGUUGCUUCUGCCUACAUGAAGUCAAAUUACUUUAAAGUUUCUCUAGCAUAAGCAGAAGUCUGCUGUAGAAGCCAAGUAAAUCACAGGUCUACAUUUCUCAUACCAAAAGCCAACACAAGAAAACAACAGGCACUUGGGAGCAGCACAUCCAUUUCAUGCCAACCCUGGGCUAGCUACAGUGCAGGCAAUUUAAUCCCAUGUUGUGGCUAGCCAGUAUUCUCUUUCUACAGAAAUAAUAACAUUUCCACAGUGUUAUUCCCAGCCUGUAAAUUGGAACACAGUUACUAGCUGGGAAUGAGUGUGCAAGUGCUGAGUUACCUGCACAACCAGCUAUUUGCCCCGGGCCAGAUCCUGCAGCUCUUAGAUCAGGCAAGUGCUCCUACAGACCUUAAGCUGAAGGCUGCAGGACACAGCUUUCUGUAACCUUUCAGCUCUGUGUUGGCAAAGGGAUCCCUGUGAAGUCAUGGCACAUGCAGAGUAGUUAUGUGCUGUCUGUGCGCUGUGAAAUAAUAUUCCCUCCUGUAUCACAAGUGUAGAUGAUACCAGUAUUCAGUUAGAAGUAGGGACAGAAGGCCAGUGCACUCCGUACUACACUAAUACCACUGUCCUAAGUAUUUAAAAGCUUGCUGUACUGUAAGAGAAGUCAGGCACCCACUUUGUGCAGCCUCCCAGACUUCCCAGCACUAACUACAACCCCACUGAUAAAGCACAUCCAUUUCAUUAGACAGGGCUUGCAAGCAAUACUGGAGAUUUAGAAUUUUUAAAUGCUCACUGAUAAAUACCAAUUCCUGUUCUGCGUGGCUGAAGAACUUCUCUACCCAUUUUGAAUCUCUGAUGUUGUAUUAAAAAGCUGGAGGUCCUGCAGUUGGGACACAGCUGUGAAGGUUAAAGGGAGCUUACAUCAGUUGUGUUGGUUUUGUUUUGUUUUUUAAAGAGAAGUUUCACGGCUAUUUUGAACACAAAGAUCUGCUUCCAGUAGCUGAUCUGUCUUUGGAUGUUUGCUUCUUGUAGCCUUGUCUGGGGCUGUUUCAGUAACAGUACCUUAUGGUCCUAUUUUAUUGUGCAAAGCUGUUGUUUUAAGCGUUCUGUCUAGAAGAGUUGUUACGUGUUCCAGAAGUAAAUCUGGAAGUCAGAAAAAGAAAAAGCAGCACUGUGAGCCAGGUUACCAGUAAUUACCAGGUAGAAGGGUUUGUUUCUUCAUGGGGAAACGCUAUUUGUAAUGUUUGCUUUUAAGGAAUUAAAAAAAAAAAAAAAAAAAAAAAAAA